GACAACAAACACAUCGCUAGCAUUGGGCCAAAAGAAACAUUUCGGUUGCACUUCAAUAUUUCUCUACAUCGCAUUCGUCGUGCGUACGGAAUAAUUUUUAGUUUGAACCAAACCAGAGAAAAACCGUUUAUUUUUACUUUUCGAAUUUUUUUUCCUGUGCUGGUUUGUGCGUGCUUUUUUCGUAUUUGUGGAUGUGUUGGUGCGAAAUGUUUAAUCAAUCAUGGCUUUGAUGAAUGCCAAAUUAAUAAUAAGCAAAUGAAACAAUUUUCCAUUAUUCAAUGUUAAGAGACAAGUGAAACAGAGAAGCAGCGCAAUAGAGCAAAAAAAAAUUGUAUUAAUAUUAUACAGUAUUAUCCAGUGAAGAAAGAGAAAGAGAGCGGAAAAAAAGAAGCGCGUCCGUUGUCACCCGAAACGAUGAAGACAAUUAAAUCAAACGGGUAGAAGCAAACAUAGUGACGGAAAAAAAUGCAUUUUUUGCAGCAAAACCAGUGAAUGUAACAGAAGAAGCAGAAACAAUACGCCCAACCUUUUGUAAUGCUCGCACCACAGGCACCGGCAUUCAUAACAAUUCUGUCUGUGUAUUUUCCGCGAGCAACGCGGAUUGGAUAGUUUAAAUACACGAACGUGAUUUGAAAAAGAUUUUAAAAGAUUAUUUAAUAUAAAAAUAAACAGCAGAAUUUAUUGCGAUACAGAACAAUAGAGCACGAGAAAGAAACGUGUUGUGUGUGAGGGAAAGAGAGACAGAGCGAACAGACUACUGCAAAACUGUGUGUUGAGCAAAAAAGCACGUUACGAGUGAACAUUACACAGAAAUGGAAACGUUAAGCUCGGAUCACGCACUUUUCUUAGUUGCCAAUUUUUCGGAAAAAUCAACGAUUUUAGCGGCGGCGGCAACAGCAACCAGCACCAUGGCCGAUUUAUUCGACGUCACGAAUUCCACGAAUGCGACAAAUUCCACGUCAUCCAUUGACCAACCAACAAUAACACACAAAAUCGAUUGGACUGAUUUGGUUUUGGCAUUGUUGCUCUGUGUGCUCAUUGUGAUAACCGUUAUUGGAAAUACAUUGGUGAUAUUGUCUGUGCUGACAACCCGACGAUUACGUACUGUUACCAACUGUUUUGUGAUGAGUUUAGCCGUAGCCGAUUGGCUUGUAGGCAUCUUUGUAAUGCCGCCAGCGGUUGCCCUGAUGCUUGUUGGAUCAUGGCAACUUGGCUGGGUGUUUUGCAAUAUUUGGAUAUCGUUAGAUGUGCUAUUAUGUACGGCGUCAAUUUUGAGCUUGUGUGCAAUUAGCAUAGACAGAUAUUUGGCAGUUACUCAACCGUUAAAUUAUUCGAGAAGGCGACGCUCCAAACGGCUCGCAUUGCUAAUGAUUCUAAUUGUUUGGACGUUAGCGUUGGCAAUUACUUGCCCACCGAUUCUGGGAUUAGGCAUGUACGAUCAUCAACGAGCCGAAAAGCAUGAUGAGUGCGGAUAUAAUCAGAAUGAAGGUUAUGUUGUCUUUUCGGCAAUGGGCUCAUUUUUCAUUCCGAUGGCCGUGAUGGUGUACGUGUAUGCGCGAAUUUCAUGUGUCGUCGCCGCACGGCAUGAUCACAUGACGGAAAUCGAGGUUCACAAGAAGCACAACAAACACUUUGAUGUGGAAGUUGAACCAGAAGUCGAUCUUGAGCCAUCAUCCGAACAGGAUUUGCACAGCCCAUACCGAAAAAAGCAGCAUUCAUUUCAUCAAACAUCGCGAAGUAAUAUAUCAAUGGAUUUGAAAGAGUCCCGUAUGGAGAUUGGCAAAAACAUUUUACAAUUACAAGAGCGACAAUCCCAGCAGCAAGAACAAUCGCAACAACAGAAUAACGGCCACUACGACCAGGACGACUUUUCAAUUCGGUCAAUUUCACAAAAACGCACCAAACCCAAAUCGCACAAUGCAUCAUCAACAGCAACAACAGCAACAACAGCAACGGUUAAUGACCAUUGGUCAAAGUUUACACAACCCGUACAGUAUAGCGUUAAGCAAAACAAUACCGUUUUAUAUGAAUUACAGCGUCAACAUCCACACACGGCCACGAUGAAACAAAAUACGCGCAUCCAUCACAAAUCUCUCUCGAAUCGCAUUCUAUCACUGAAACGUGAAAAUAAAACCACUCAAACUUUGUCAAUUGUAGUGGGGGGCUUCAUUGUGUGCUGGCUUCCCUUUUUCAUAGCAUAUAUCGUGGCACCGUUUGUGCCUGUGAGCAAAACAUUGAGCGCAAUUUUAACUUGGUUGGGGUGGUUCAAUAGCGCUAUGAAUCCGUUUAUUUAUGCAUUUUAUAGUGUUGAUUUUCGUGCAGCUUUUUGGCGGCUCACUUUUCGACGAUUUUUCGAAAGCUCAACUAAAGCGCCGUACUCAAGUAAUGCAAUGUCAAUCAAGCGAUAAUUCUCCGCUAAUCAUGCUGUUGUCACUGUCGUCAUCAUCGUCAACGCUGAUUAACAUCAUUUUUUCUUGAUUCGGCUAAUACACCGUUUGAAUUAUUAAUAUCAAUUAUUCAUGUGCAAAGUUUGUGUGAUGCUACUCGAGCAUGAGCCACUUUUCAGGGAGAUUAUUCUGUUAUUUGGAAAACAAAUGCGUCCACAAAACACGUUUUUAUAAUAUUACACACACACACACAUAUAUAUAUAUAUACGCACACACAAAAGAAUCGAACGCUUUAGAUUCCCACACAGAGCGGAGCUCAGACAUGGGCAAACCAACGUUAUUAUAAAAACAUUUGAAAAUGACAAAAAAAAUGCUUGAAACAUCCCUUAUCAAACUGAAAUUAGACACAGUACUCAGUUUUGUGACAAGCGGUUGCGCGUAUCGCGAUAUGCGCUCUUUUGUAUGUCCUAAAAAAAAUGUUUGCCACUAGACGAGCACAAAAAGCACUCCAUCACUAUGAGGAAUCAUGGACAAGCCAAAAUCGAUGGAUGGAUGGAUGAAUGGAUCGAACAAACAUUUUGCUAGUUCGUAUCGUGUUACAAAAUGCUGAAAAUGUUUAUAAAUCGUGCGAUUAUUAUCGUCGAUUUUGUCAUCGAAAAUGGGACGAAAACAAUCAUCGGGCGAGGUAUUAAGAUCAACUCUCCAAUUCACUUUGAAUUUGACAACUGAUAUUGAGCGCAAACACCACCUAGAUAAUCUAAGGCCAAUGACAAUACAAUCAAGUAAACUCUCCGUUCUGUCAAACGUCAUACUGAAGUAUAACAUACAUACAUCACGAACUCACAAUCAUUUCUUUAGAUGGCGCUUCGCUCAACCGAGUUCCAACCAAAUACAUGUAUUAGUAUACGAAGCAUUCCACUGUUGAUUAAGAUGCUUUCCACAUGAUAAAUUUAUCUAAUGCCAUUCAAGAUGUGAUACUAUGCAUGCUUUAGAACAUGCAAUAAGAAAAAAAAAUUGAACGUUUGAUGAUAAUAUUUGCCCAUGUCUGAUAUUGCCCACAACCUUCAUUUAAAUACCGGUUAUUUGUUCGGUAGAAAAUAGCAGUCGAGAUGGUUCCACAUCAAAGGUGGGUGGGUGAAAAAGAGAGGGAGAGGGGAAAGAACCAAAACCGCUUGAAAUCUUUCGUGUAUUUUCACCACACAAACACACGCACCACUCAAGCAGAUAAACGGAGAGCGAAAAAAAAAGUGGACGAAAUUUUUACACGUGAAAUAAAAAUAAGCUGCCAAUUCAUCCUAAACCAUACAAAACAAAUAGCUUUUGGAACUUUGAAUACACACUUGACUACAAUAUUGGCACCACUAAAAACAACGAGACGUGGAUCAACUCACAAAAGCGUGUUUCAUUCGAUUAAAAUUUCAAGCCAUUGUGUCCGCAUGUGAUCAUCGUUACACAAGCGGCUACGAACUGUUGUGAAUCAGAAAAAUGUGAACGGCUUACACAGAACUGUGUAACCUAGUCAAUCACUCAUAUCUAUCUCUCUCUCUCUCUCUCUCUCUCUCUCUUCAAAUACACUGUGCAUUGUGUGCACAGAAUGUGCACACGCUAUGCAAACACCAGUAAAUUAGAUCCAUUGAAAAUACUACUUGUGCUGGUCAGUGUCAAAUCAGUUUAACAUCAUUUUAAUCCGAUUCUUUUAUUCUCUCCGCUCACUCUUGCUCACGUGUAACAUUUGCGUAAAAUCCUGGCAUUCUUUUUCGGAUGGGAGUUUUGUUCGGUUGUGAUUCAAUUGUCCAAAUACAACUAAUUGGAAUUUAUGCUGCAGAUGUGAAUGAUUAUUUAUUAUGAAAGGAGUCAUGUUUAUGUGCCAAUCUCACUUAAUUCAUUUUCGCUCAAACAUUGUAAUCCAAUACUUUGUUAUGUUAUUUCGCCAAAAUACACAUGUUUCAUUAUAUGCACUUGGUCAAAUUUCGUGCCAGUUUUUAUUUUCUUCUCAAUUUACUGCGCUGCUAUGUCGAAUCAUCCAAUGUAAAUGCCUUUGGCAAUUUCAAUUAUAUUAUUCUCUUUUGAUCCAUUUCAUCGAAAUCGAAAAUCGAUUUCAUUGUUUUCAGCUAAAAUGGCAUUUGGUAAUUGCGUCUGGUUUUUCAUUUUAUCUUCAAAUUACGUAUAUGUAUGUAUCAAACCAAUUUAUAAGUCAAUUUAUGAAAUUGAAAGGGAUUCAUCGAGAAAUUUCCAGCAGUCUUGUGAGUGAGUGUGUGUGUAUGUCUGUGUUUUUUUGAUGUGGUGAAAAAGUUGGGAUCGACCUCAUUUCCAAAAAGCCGACACUAAUUGAAUGAAUGCAGUAUAUUUAAAAGUUUUAAACUUCCAAAUUGAUUUUGGUGUUUAAUCGACAAAAUGAAUCACCUCAUCGCAAACGGAAACAACCAUCUUUGUGAUGUGUGCGCCGAGAGUGGAAAAAGGAAAACAGUGAGAAAGCCACAAGUACACCAAAACCAAAUGCAUUUAUUGAUUUGCAAUUUCAAUUUGAACAUCGCAUUUCGCUUUGCUGCUUACGAAUUACGAAUACACUAGAGAAUCAAAGUGAAAAUAAACAAAAAAAACAAUGCAAAUAUCCACUAUACACAGAUCACUCUCCACUUCUGUUUAUAUGUGUGUGUAUUUUGGAAAAUGGAAUUAUUUCGCAACAGAUUAUGAGCUUAAGAUAGUAGUGUCAGGUAAAGGUGUAGCGUAUAUAAAUAUAUAGUGAAAUAAUAGACACUUGGCUUAUCGCGACAAGUGCAAAUUUUGUAGAAAGAUUAAAAUUUAAACAUAACAGUUGAAAUAAUUGAUUUUAUGGGCGAAAACACUUUCUCACCCAUCGUCUCACAUUAUAUGUAUUGUAUGUAUAUGCGGUAUACAUGAGCGGGUGCAGGUGCAUAAACAUACACAUAUAAAAAAACCCGACGACAAGUGCGAAAUGAAAGCACGUUCGUUUGUUUUUUGGAUAUUGAUGUUUAGCGCACGCCGAAUAGACAUAAUAAAUAAUCACCGUGUACAAUGGAUUCAUUGACACCCAAACAAAACCAUUUCCAAUUUUCAUUUGUUUAAUUGCAACACACUACGGUGUGUUUAUCAGGCCAAAUAAGAUCGUUGUCGAACUUGUUUGGUUUCAUUUGGCUGAAUUCAAAUUAUAACCAUUCAAAUAACAGAAACGAAUGUGUGUGUGUGUGUGUGAGCGCGCAUCAUUCGACAUCCGAUUUAUACGAAUUACAGCGAUUCAAUUGUGACAUAAAAUGCAAACGUCUUUCCCUCGAAAAGGUGCUAAUUCAGCGCUAGGGAUUGCUGCUUUCGUCGACGACGACAACAACGACGAUGACGUCGAUGACAAGAGAGAAGAGGCGAAAACAAUGUGUGUGUGUGUGUAUUGUUCAUGAAUUAUAUUGGUUUUUGGGAUAUAUAGCAAGUCAAAGCGGAAAAUAUGCCAUGCGUUCCACGAAAUGAGCCCUACAGCAAUUGAGAUUUUGUGUAUGAGAUUAAGACCUAAACAUGUGUAAAAUCACAUCGCAUUUACGCAAAGUAGGAGCGAACGAAAAAGAAAAACAAAAUACCAAAUUCCGCCAUAACGGUGAAAAUGGAUAAAAUUAUGAAUUAAGGCAACGAAAACAUUAGUAGACAAUUCACUUCAUUUCGCAAUAGCGCAUAUACACGAGAUCAAAUAAAUUGUAGCAAUUUGAAUUCCAUUCCAAAGAUGUUUUGUUUUGCGUGUGGUCAUGAAUUUCGACGAACAACGAAUCAUGCAUAAGUUUUAACCUUCACCGAUAUUUCCAUACAGACAAAGUCGAAUGUCUUUUAUUUGUGGCUGGUCGCAAUCAAAUAAAUAUGUGAAAACCAACGACAUUCAUCAUACACUUUUCUUUACAUAAAAAGGUACAUUUUUUGUAAACAAAGAAAUAACAAUUAAUCAAACUAGAAAAUUAUAGAAAAUGAAAAUAAAAAUAGUCAUGUCAUAGCUAAGAAAUUUGUAGCAUCCUAGGCUAGGUGAUCAACAUAAAAUAACCGCAAAGGUAUUCACCAGGACAAAUAUGCUGAAGUUAAAGAAAGUUUUCAAGAAAAGCGAAACAUUUGAUUGAUCGUUUUUGUUCUGCAUGGUUGUGCCGAAACGAUCGAGACUCUUCCCCAAUCAGAGUGGCGAAUCUUUCGCAAAAUAACAACAAUUUUGUCAAAAUUCAUGAGAGAGAGAGAGAGAGAUACAUAAAAUAUGUUGAGCACCCAUUGUUUACUUUGUUGAUAGCAAUUAGCUUUUGAUUAGGUUUAUUUUGUUCAGGGAUUUCCACUGAGAGAUCGGAGUUCUAUAAAUAUAUACAAUAUAACCAAGUAAAUUCAAUUGUAAUUGGUGAUUAAUUUAAUGAUAUAUGAUUACGAUAGACAGAAAGAAACAAAACACUUGUUAAUUGUAAAUACCAGUUCAUUUGUGUCUUUUCAAAUUAAUAAAUAUAUAUGUAUAUUGACAUUGCAUGUACCGAUAUAUCGAAUGAUGGUGCGUUGCAAGAAGGGAAUAAAAUGAGGCGGGCAUCAGCUCAGCAGCCAUUGAUUGCAAAUGAGAUGGGCAAAUCGAUUUUCAAAGGCAAAUUUCUAUAUGUAAAAGCAUCUAAUUGAAUGAAGUGAAACAUUCACCCCAUAUACAUAGAUAUACAUACAUACAUACAUACAUGCAUACUAUAUAAUACUAGUUAGAUACCUAGACUUUUAGCGGAAAAAUUAAACAAUUUUGAAUGUUUGUGAACAAAUUAACUCUAGAAAUAAAUUGCAUCAAAUUGAAAAGGUU